CACAAUACUGUACAUUGAAACUAAGUCCCCUGCGUCUUUCUGAUUAUUAUUAAUAUUUGACUCACGUUGACUAACGUGAACUGAUUUAAUUUUGUAAUUUUACUCUUUUGCCUCAAUUACUCCGAAUAACGUAAUAUUAAACAAAGAAUACAUCGAAAUAAAAAUUAUCAUGUUAUAUACAAUGUGUUCAUAACUGAAGAUAACUUCAAGGUAAUCCAAAGGAGGGAGUAGCUCUGAAAUCGAAGACAACUCAAGUAUUUUUAACGUAAUAUUUAAGUGCCUUAUUUUGUAAUAAUAAUUUAAGCUUUAAGAAAUGUCUUGCUGUUCGGGAGACGAGGACGAUGAGCAACGGCCUGAGCCGACACACGUACGAGAAUGCACCGAUAUUAUUUGGCUUUGUUGUUUUAUAGUAUUUUGGUUUCUUAUGAUUUUGAUAGCAGCCUUUGCUCUUGUUUAUGGUAACCCUAUACGACUUAUAAAUGGAUAUGACAGCUUUGGAAAUACUUGUGGUAUGAAAAAUAAUCCAAAGUUUGGUAGUAUGGAGUUGUCUGGACAAGACACCAGUGAUAAACCAUACCUGUUCUUUUUGGAUAUAUACAAUGUCACCCAGUCUUUAAAAAUUUGUGUCAAGAAGUGCCCAGAUCGAACUAUGACAACAAUGAAUGAUAUAUGUAAAUUUUAUGAAGAAACAGGAUCUCAACUUUGUCAUGAUAAACCUGCAAAUAAUUUCAGUGCUUGUAGUAAUGGGAACAGAAAAAACAAAACUGGCUCUUGUCCUGGAUUACCAGUGUAUAAUAGUAUGCUAGUUCUUAACCGUUGUAUUCCUAAGGCUAUAAAAGAUGUAGGAGAAACUAUAAUUGCAAAUUUAUAUGGCCUUAUUAAUUCUUGGGAUAUUAUUGAGCAAAUUUUGGGAGAUUUGUAUAAAACAUGGAGAGAGAUUUUAUCUUUAUCCUUUUUAGCUUUUGUUUUAUCUCUUUUCAUGAUUGCUAUAUUUCAUUUAUUAGCAAGUAUUGUGACAUGGAUUGUGAUGAUUCUUGUCAGUGUAUCAACUAUAGCUGGGAGUGCAUUAUUAUGGUGGACAUAUAUAGAAAUUAAAAGAACUUUAGAUAAAACUAAUCCGAAUCAGCUUUUAGAGGAAUCUGUUAGAAAUGAAAGAGCAUUUUUAGCUUUUUCUAUUAUUGCAACAAUAAUAACUGUCAUCUUAUUAUUACUUUUAAGUAUAUUGCGCAAACGUAUUGGAUUCAUGACAGCAUUAUUCAAAGAAAGUGCUAAAUGUUUAGCAGAAUUACCAGGUUUAUUUUUUCAACCUUUGCUAACGUUUACUGCACUGAUACUAUUUUUUGCAUUUUGGAUAACUGUAAUUCUUUGCCUUGCAACAGCCAAUUAUCCUGGAACAAAAUCUGUACAGAUGUAUAAAAAUCACAUAUUUGAUCCUCUAAAUUUGAGUUUAAUUAGAGAAAAAAGUGCGUAUAUUGAAGAAAAAAAAUUUGAUUUUUCUUUUGACUCAUUUAAAACUUUCACGCUUGUGGAAUAUGUAGACCCAACUUGGGUAAAGUAUAUGUGGUGGGUGUACAUCAUAGGAUUAAUAUGGACAUCUGAAUUCAUUAUUUCUUGUCAAGAUAUGGUAAUAUCAGGAGCUGUAGCACACUGGUAUUUUAGAGGCAAAAAUGCUAGUACAUCCCCAGUAUGCUCUGCUAUGGGAAAUUUAGUUAGUUAUCACUUAGGUUCUGUAGCUUGUGGCUCAUUUUUAAUAACACUUUUUAAGUUACCUCGUUUAAUCUUGACAUAUUUGUAUGCUAAAUUCGAGAAAAAUAAAGAAACAUCUCCAUGUGCACAGUGUGGCUUAAAAUGUUGCAUAUGCUGUUUUUAUUGUUUAGAAAAAUUUAUUCGAUACAUGAACCAUAAUGCAUACACAGUAGUUGCCAUCGAAGGGACACAUUUUUGCAAUGCAGCUAAAAUCGCAUUUACAGCUCUUGUUAAUAAUGCUUUACAAAUAGCAGUAAUUAAUGGAAUAGGAGAUUUUAUUCUAUUUUUGGGUAAAUGCUUUGUCACUGCUGCAACUGGAAGUAUUGCAUUAUUAUUUAUGAAACAAGACCCUAGAUUACAUUUUUAUGCAGCACCAGUUUUCGUUAUUUGUAUCUUUGCAUUCUUUAUUGCUCAUUGUAUUAUUUCUCUUUAUGAGACUGUAAUAGACACUUUGUUUCUUUGCAUCUGUGAAGAUAAGAAUUUAAAUGGCGAGAAUGGAAAAUGGCGUCAAUCAGCGUUAGUUCAAAUCGAAUCUAAUACUAGUUCAAAUGGCCAACAAGCACAUGAAUUAGUACCAAUGAAUACAUAAGUAUUAUACUAAAACACAGACUUUCUGCUUCUCACUUUUAUACAUGCUUUUAUAAGCAUGUAUAAAAUACAAUAGCAUUUCAAUAGCUUACAAUAGCAUUUAAUAUUUAUAAAUUUGAAAGCUUUUCAUAACUUUUAUAUAACAUUCAAUCAUUCAUAA